AUGUCCAGCAAUGUUGGCAGCACUUUGUUUGUUGGAAUGGCAAGCUCUGGAGCAUCAGGAGGCUUGGCGGUUGGAGGCUUUGAAUGGAAUGCUACUUGGGUGUUGAUCGCCCUUGGCUGGAUAUUUAUGCCUGUCUACAUCGCUUCUGGUGUAAUCACCAUGCCGGAGUAUUUGAAAAAACGUUUUGGUGGUCACCGCAUCCAAAUGUAUAUGUCGGUGCUUUCUCUCCUUCUCUACAUACUUACUAAAAUAUCGACGGAUAUAUACGCGGGAGCGCUCUUCAUUCAGGUCGCUCUAGGCUGGGACAUUUACUUGUCUACAAUUAUACUGGUCGUUGUUACAGCAAUUUUCACCAUCGCAGGUGGGCUGACAGCUGUAAUCUACACAGACACUUUGCAAGCUAUCAUCAUUGUGAUUGGUGCCCUCACACUCACCUUCAUAUCUUUUCACAAGGUUGGCUGGUACCCAGGUCUGGAGAUGAAAUAUAUGGAAGCCAUACCUCAAGUGAUCAUCCCUAACACAACAUGUCAUUUGCCCCGCAAUGAUGCCUUCCAUAUAUUACGUGACCCGAUCACUGGCGACCUGCCCUGGCCUGGCCUUAUAUUUGGUGUGACCACCUUAUCCUUAUUUGCUUGGUGUAAUGAUCAGAUUAUGGUGCAGAGAUCUCUGUCAGCUAAGAACCUCUCCCAUGCCAAAGGAGGAUCCAUUCUUGCCGGUUACUUGAAGCUGUUGCCUAUGUUCUUUGUUGUAAUGCCAGGCAUGAUUAGCAGGGCCCUAUAUCCAGAUGAAAUUGGUUGUGUGGACCCGGCAGAAUGUAUGAAGUACUGCGGUUCUGAAAUGGGCUGUGCAAACAUUGCCUAUCCCAAGCUGGUGAUUACACUCCUGCCUGUAGGACUGAAGGGGUUAAUGAUCGCGGUAAUCAUGGCUGCCCUGAUGAGUUCACUCACGUCCAUCUUCAAUAGUGCCAGCACUAUUUUCACGCUAGACAUCUGGUUAUACUUCCGCAAGAAUGCAAAGGAUCGGGAGCUUGUAAUUGUGGGUAGAGUUUUUACCGCACUCCUUGUAAUUAUCAGUAUCCUAUGGAUCCCCGUUAUCCAACACGUGAGUAGUGGAAUAGUUGACUAUGUGCAAUCCAUCAACAGCUACCUGACCCCCACCACUGACUGCCAUAUUUAUUCUUGCUAUCUUCUUCAAGAGGGUCAAUGA